AUGGACCUAUCAAAGCAGUGCUCUCUAAGUAGCAAAUGGUCACUAAGAAACAUUCAAGCGAUCGAUGUCCUUCUAAAGAGCGGGUUUUGCAUGGAAGCACCGUUCAAAGUAGGCCUUCGGUACAUUUCCAGAGAAGAGGAACAAGCGGCAAAGGCUAGGGUUCGCGACAGGAAAACCCGCCUCGCUGCCAUGGAUGAUAUAAACCAUGACAACUUGGAUGCAGAAUCCGUCGCCUUUUUGGCAGAAACUCGCCGUGCAAUUGAUGACUGGGUCGGCAUACCUAAUAAAAAGGUGAAUUACGUGAAUAUCCCGGGCCCUGAGAAAAGAUCUGCUUCACCAUCAGGAAUAAACAACUACCAGAAGCGACUAGUACACCAACUUGUACGCUCAGAAUACCCUGAUUUAGUAUCAAUCGGGAAAUCAACCUUCAUUCAAGUCAUUCGGUACGAUCAACAGCGCGAAAAUUCUGUACAAGAAGCAAGAAUGAGGCGGGUUCGUGAGCACAUUUUCCACCAAACGGGAUUCCGAUGGAUAGUUGAGGCCAUGGUCGGCGGGGAUUUAUCGAGGCUGCCUCCUCAAACAUUUGUUGAUCCAAGUUGCGGCUCUCCGCGCCGUGAGGAGAAGAUUUUAGAGAAUUACGACUACAUGCAGGCGAAGUUGAGAUCCAAGCACCUCAUCUUAGUUGGACAUAAUCUGUUCACGGAUUUGGUUAAUUUCUACAAAUGCUUUUUUGGGAGUCUCCCAGACAAAGUAGAGGAGUUUCUAGCUACCAUCCAUGAAAUAUUCCCUACGAUAGUGGACACCAAGUACCUUGCAACCCACGACUGCGGGUCGGAUUUUCCGUCUUCGAUGCUAGAAGAGCUUGAUGAUAAACUAAAUGCAAAGGAGAGGCCAACGAUCACUGUUGAUCCCGACCAUCCUAAUUACAAUGACCAGAAACCCCUACAUGAGGCUGGAUAUGACAGCUUGAUGACGGCCCGCGUUUUCUUGCGGCUUGCCGCUCAACUCAGUGAGGAAGGAGAGCAUAUUGUUGCUACAGGAAAUGGCUCUCAGCAUGGUACCCAGGAUGCGGGAGAUAAACUAGAAUCUCGAACCACGGGUUUGUCCCCGAACGCCACAGAUAUACCCCCGUCAAGUUCUAUCAAGUCCACAGUUGUUAUACGUGGGUUAGACAACCAUGGGGGGCCCGCGGGUGUUCCAAGUCAUCAAAUAGCCAUUGCUCAUACUACCAAAUUCGAUAUCCUUGUUGACCGGAUGGAUGACGAUGAGCCGGAUGAUUUGGACUCUGAGGGUUACGUCUUCGAGGACGACCCUUUCCUAACAUCUGGCGGCAACCCGGCUGUCGAAUCCAAAGUAAAAAACGGUCAAUUGAUUCCUCGACUGGACAGCGAGUUCUGGAAAGUCUACGGAAAUAAGCUUCGAAUGUUUGGGACCGCGCAAAGGUUCUGUGAGCUGAAGGAUUGA